AAAAAAAAGAAAAAAGAGAGAGAGAGAGAGAGAAGCCGAAUGGUGGCGGCGAACCAAACCAUCACCGGGGCCAGCGUGGUUGUGAAGAGGGUCCAAUCCCCGAAGGGCAUGCUCGUGCAGAUAGAGGUCGCCGUGGGCUCAGUCGCCUUCCUGCUCCUCUUCCUCACGGCUUUCGGCUUAUUGAGGCGUCGGAGCAACAAUUCAGUGCUCAAUGGCGUGCUGUGGGCAGCGUACACUCUCUCGGGCUACUUGAUAACGUACACGCUCGGGCUAAUGCGCGAAUCCCCUUUCCGCAACCCACUGUUCCCGCUGUGGGCGACUUUCCUGAUGAUCUUUCUUGGAAGCUCAAACUCCUUUUCUGCAUAUAGCCUCGCGGACAUCAAGCAGCGGAAGAAAUAUGCUUGUCAACACUACUUAAUCACGUUCAUAGGGUUACUAACAUUGUGGACGCUCUAUCUGACCACCUUGCCGUCAACGCUAGCGGUUUUCCUGCUCUGUUUCGUCAUCCUUGUGCUUAAGACCACAGAGAGAGCACUAUCUCUCAUGUCGGUGAGCGCGUUUGGCCAGGAUCGAAUGACAAAAUGGGUCACGGAUCAUAUGAGCUCCAUGUAUUGUUGCCGAGAACCCUGCAAAGCCGAUCCCAUCACUAUGAAAGGAUACAAAUAUGUAGUGAAAGUGAGCUGGACCGCACUCGAGAAAGUCUUUGGCAAAGUCGCAGCAACAAAGGCAAGUUCCAAAACGGAUUCAAAAGACCACGAGGAGGAAGUCAUCACCAUAGAAAACGUGUGGGCGUGCAAAGGGCCUCUUUUGAGCUCAAGCGGGGGAGACCGGGAUGGCAAGGUCAAGGAUAUUUGUCUCUCUUAUGCGCUCUACCUGCUUCUCCGUUUGAAAUUUUUGCACUACUCGUUGCCGGAAGAUAUUCAUAAGAAGACGUGGUGCUUGAUUCGAGAUGGGAUUCUUCGCGAAGAAAAUGGGUAUGGGCGAGCAUUUCGAGUUGCCCAAAUCGAGCUUACCUUUCUUCACGAUUUUUUCUACACCAAUUACCCCAUCAUUUUCCAAGCGCGCCUUUGGCAGCUGAAAGUGGUGGAGCUUUUGUGUUUGAUCACAGGCACCCUGGUAACAGUUGUAUUCCUGAUGCCCAAGACCACAAAGCCUCAAGAUGUCGUUGUCCAAUUGGUGACAUCCAAUGGGUUGAGCGUCGACGUUCUCUUGACUGCCGUCGUUCUCUUGGUAUUCAUAUGUGUUGAGCUUGUUCAGCUCUUUCAGAUGGCCACAUCCGAUUGGGCGAAAGUUGAAUGGCUUUGCAACUACGUGCAAAAGGUGUCGUGGCAAGGGAGCAAGCCCAUCGAGAAGCUGAUAGGACUAAUAUGCCGGGAGCGGUCAAAAACAAGGCGCUCCCGUUAGAUUGUCGGAUGAAGUGAAGAAGGCUGUGUUUGAUUCUCUGAUAAAAUGGAACGGGAAAUUGGAGAAUGGACAAGCUUCCUUGAG